AAGGACUUAUUUAAUGGAACUCAAAAUCCUAAUGGAGAAUGUGUGACAACUGUUAUGGGAGAGAUUCCAAGCAAAAACAAGAUGGUUUCAACUGUAAUCAUUUUCCCAAUUGAAACCUCCAAAAUUAAGGCGUUCCAACAAUUCACUAUUAGAACCAAAACAAUUAAUUUGAAAACUGGCUUUUUCGAUGAUCCUGUAAAACAAUAUUAUAUUUUCCCACAAACUCUUGAUAACAAAGGUUUUAUUCAAGGCCAUUCUCACGUAACGGUUCAAAAAAUAUUAAACCGCUUUGCACCUCUUGAUCCCCAAAAAUUUGAUUUCUUCAAAGGUUUAAAUGAUCCAGCUGACGGUAAAGGUGAAUUAACUGCAUUAGUUGAAAAGGGGUUACCAGCUGGUAAUUAUCGUCUUUGCACCAUGGUUUCUUCAUUUGCCCAUCAACCGACCUUAAUGCCUGUUGCUCAAAGAGGCGCUCAAGAUGAUUGUGUAAGAUUUACAGUA